GAAACGAUACCUCCAAGAUGUCGAUGAUUGGUCAGGAAAAGGAAGCCACUUCUGACAGUCUCUCAGCUCCCUGUGACGAUGUGAAGCAGCUCAGACUGAGGCAUAUCAUUGGCUUUAACGGUCACCACCCCAAGGAGAAGCACAUGCUGUACCCUGUGGCCUCGGACAUUGUCAUAGAACAUAUCACAAAGACGGCAGAUGGGGAACAGGAGUUUCUUUCUAGACACUCGGAGUCAAGGUACAAGCCAUCAGUUUCCUCAAGAGCUCCCACAUUUUCGUCUCUCUGGGCGUGGACGAGGACGGUCACUUGACGGUGUGGGGAGUGGGGCAAAGACAGCCACUGACCAAUCAGCUGGCUCAGCCGCAGAGAGCGACCGCCCCGCGCUGUCUCGCCGCCUCCAAGAGAAACGGGGACAAGUUUAUCACAGCUGGCAGAGGACACGGGCGGCUGUGGACUUUGUCUAGCGAAGGGAGGGAACUCGCCUUUACGGAGCUCCGCUUCGGGCCCUUAGGUCGUGACGUCACCUGUGUGGAGGUGGCCGACUAUGACAGUACUGAGCACCAGAUGGCGUUUUUGGGAAACACAGGCGGAGAUAUCCUCCUAGUAGUCAACAUGACUAACGGGACAAUGCAGGCUUGUGUGCCAAAAAAACCCGUCCCAUCCGGCAUUACGAGCAUUACUUACCUCCGGAUGCUCGACGCCUCGACCUUUAACCUUUUAGUGGGUACGGGCAACGGUAAGGUCAUGAACUACGACGUGGCCUUGACCUACGAGAAGGGCAACAAGGUCAAGGGCACUGCCAGGCUGGCCAAAGACACGAACGUCUGGUCGGAUGAGCGGGAGCAGCGCGCUGUUACUUCAAUUGCCAAAUUAGGCGUCGGCAACACCUUCUACGUGGGCACCGAGAGUUGCCAGAUGUACGUGUUCAACCUGUACCGCUGGUCGGCACAGCUCAUCCGGACGUGCUGCCUCUCGCCUGUCCUGACCUUGACCUUCGCUAGAGGGACAGACGAUUUGUUGGUUACUGGGGAGUUCAGUCAGGUUCGAGUUUUCAACUUGCAUGUGAACGCAGAAGUGAGACGGUAUUUUCGCGCCAACCGCACCUGCACGUCUGCCGUGGUGAACCAUGACGGGACGCAGGUGUUCACAGGGUGGGACAACGGAGGAACCGUAGUGCUGGGGUUCGAUCCCAAAGACCUGGCUUUGAAGGAUUUGUAUAGAAUAGAUUCCACACAAAAACAGGCAGUGACUGCCCUUGCACU